UUUGCUUAAUCAAGGCAGAAGAAAUGCAAGCCAAAAAUGCAGUGAUGGGAUUUACUGUGGACGCUAGGUCUCGGUUAGACCCUCCUAUACCUACAAACUAUGUUGGGAAUUGCUUAGUGCUUCGGAUGGCAGUUGCAGAAACAAAAGCGCUCUUAGGAGGAGAGGGAUUGGUUGUGGCGGUCGAUGCGAUCAGUGAGGCUGUAAAAAGUUUGGACGAUGGGGCUUUGAAUGGGGCUGAGGAUUGGAUUCCAUUAUUGUACUCUGUGGGUACUGAUGAGAGUAUAUUUUCGACGGCCGGUUCACCUCGCUUUGAGAUAUAUGAUACGGAUUUCGGAUGGGGAAGACCGAAGAAGGUCGAGAUUGUUUCCAUAGAAGGGACGGGAGCUAUGUCCAUCUCGGAAUCUAAAGAUGGUGCUGGAGGUCUGGAUAUUGGGUUGGUAAUGAAAAAACGUCACAUGGAAAUUUUUGCUUCUCUCUUUGCUAAAGGCCUUGAAAACCUUUGAAGACUAAUUUGUUGCGUCUUCUCAAAUUUUAUGGUUUAUUUUAAUUAUUUUUCUUUUGUUUCUAAUAAUGUGUCAUCAGUGGUAGAUGCAGGAUUCCAACCUCAGGUGGUCCUAGUAUAAAAGAUUUAAAGAUUUUGUAGACAGAAAUAGUGUGUAGCAGGUAAAAAAUUUUCUCUAUUUUUUCAAUGAACACUUCGUUGAGCA